AUGACGCGUUCCUUACCUGCGGCACCUCCUACCUCUUCAUUGCCUUCCCUGCCGGCGAGAUUGGUCGAAGAGAUUCGGCAGAACGUCAGUGACGAUGUCAAGAAAAUGGGUACUGGGAUUCUGACUCCGGACGUGGACACCCUCCUCGAUUGGAGGAUAUCGCAGGCCUUCCGCGACAUGCGAGAUGUUGUGCAGUACCGAGAAUACUAUCACGAGAAGCAAGAAUUGCCGGUGCAAGAGGAGAAUGAUUACAUCAACGCCAGAAGCUACCAGUUUCGGUAUGCUGCCCUGUCGGCGCCCUUCGAGCCACGGGCGCCGGCCAGCGACAAAGAAGAGGCAUGUCGACUGGCGCUGCUGAUAUUCUGGUUCAGCAACUAUCAAGUCACGGCGCCCGACUCUGCGCUCAACCGGACUUUGACCGCUCAGCUGAAGACGGCUCUACAGAGCUCGGAUCUGAAAGGUCUGUGGGGCCCUCACUUCGACCUGCUGACAUGGGUCUUGAUGCUGGGUGCGUUCAUUUCAGCAGGGCAGAGAGAGCGACCGUGGUUUGUUUUGAAUCUCGCGAAGGUGUCCAAGGUACUCAGACUGCGGGGCUGGGAUGAGCUUCGUGAGAUGCUGUUGAAGUUCUACUAUCUCGAUCGGAUCUAUGCCAAAGGCAUGCGAGACAUCUGGGACGAGGCAUCGUUGUUGGCAGAAGGUUUGGACUGA